AUGACAAAAAGUAAGACCUUGAAUGCGGCAAAAGCAACUUCCAGUAUAUUUGAAAUUGGCAAACUACCAACCACGGAACACACAACUAUAUUUGGAGAAAAACCUUAUGUAAAUAAGUCUAAUGUAAUUGUAAAUGUAUCAUCAACUAUUGGAAGUGGAGAUGUUAAAACAAACUCAAUGAUAGUAACUGACGAUUCAAGAGACACUUGGCCGCCAAUUACUUUGUUCGAAAUAAUAACACCAGACAAAGAAUCGACAGUAACGAAAACGGCGUCUUUGUUCUAUGUAGUGCCAAUAAAUACGGGUAGUAUUGAUUGGAUGAUGAUUAAUGACACUCAAGAUGGCACUACGAUGGAUUUUAAUUUCACGGAUCAACCGAUAGCAACUGAAAUUUUUCAUGAAAUAUCAAGAAAGAUGAAACAAUACAGGUCUACAAACCAUAGAAGAGAAAGCGCUACCAUAGCGGUGACUAAUGCACCGCCUGGCACUAAAUCGGAAGUUACAAGUUCUUUCGUCCCGUCUAGGCAACCUAUGGUGACACAAAUGUAUACUAUGGCAAUGGAAUCUAGGAGUACAAAACUGAUGAUGCCACGUAAUACUUUAGAUGGACAAAGGGCCAAAAAAUCUACGGUGACUAAGAGUUUUAAUAGAUCCACUAACCAUAUUAAAGAAAAUGAAUCAACAACUUUUUGGAAAAGAGGUAAUUAUAAUAAAUUUGCACCAUCAAACAAAAGCACAAGUGGUACUGUAACACAUGGUCAAAUAAUAGAGUCAACUGCAAUAAUCAUGUACUUAGACGGCAAGGAAGCGGCAACAACUCAACAAAAAAAAGUGAUCGAAGUACCAGCUGGCUCUGGACAGGCCCCAAGCUCAUUUCUCACAUUUAGAGAUUCGACACUAAGGAAUCCCAUAUCGUUUCUCAAUACUAAGUUAUUGCAUUGUAAAAGCGAGAAAUCGACUACGCCAAGUUAUACUUUAGAUAUGACCAGAAAAUUGAAUGCAUCAGGGACAUUUAAUAAAACAUCAAAAGAAACUGAACACUACCUGUUUAAUAAUAUUACAACAAAAGAAAUUGAAACGAAAACUUUACCAUCAAAGACAAAUAUCAAAGCAGUAAUACCACACGCAAAUCAUAGCGAAGUUAUAGGCAGCAAUAAUCCGACAAUAGCAAUGGAAAAAAAAACAAAACGAACGGCAAUUACUUAUUCUUUUACUCCAAUAACAGAUAUGAAGAUUCAGGAAACUGUUCCGUCGAGAACUAAAGGAGCCAUUCAAAUUAGGGCAAAUUACAAUCAAAAUGAAUUAAUGAGCAGAAAUAAAACUUGGGCUGAAUCAACAAUUGCGACUAAACCUUUUCAUGAAACUAUAAACGUAAACAAUAAACAAUACGUGUCUAUAAUUCGUAGAAGCGAGGAAGCUACUAAUAAAUCUUUAUCAGCGAACACAAGCAAAAAGAGUUCAAAUGAACGUGAAAAAACAAACAAACUAGAGACAGUGACCGAAGGCUCGGCGAUCAGUGAUCAAGCAGCCGCUUCUCCAUUUUUCGCGUACGGCCAUUCGUUGGUCGCGGAAACCACGACAUCGCUUGGUACUAUUACAAUGGAAUCUGAUAGCAGGAAAUCGAUUACACCAAAUUAUACUUCGGAUAGAAUUACGAUAGGUGACACAAUAAUCAAACAAUCAAACUCGACUGAUGCUACACACGAGCCAUCAGAGUAUACUGAACAAUAUAAAUCUACAGUCUUAUUGACAGAGGAAUAUCAAAGUAAUAGAAUCUCGUCAAACACAAACGUUGGAAACCCUAUAACACAAGCGCAUUCAUCAGAACUAAUGACAUUGACCGCUGUCUCAAAAGGCAAUGAACCGACAUCCGACUCAGAUGGACAAUCAAUUAGGACGGUAUUUACUAACUCUUUUAAUCCACCUUCAGAAAUAUCUUCAUUUGAUACUAUGGGUUUUGAAAUUAGAAGUACAAAUCAGACAAAGGCGAACGAUGCUUACAUUGGCACGAGUACAGUUAUAACUUUGAUCGAACAAUCGAUGGACACUGCCGCUAUUGGUGAAACUUCAAAAGAGACGAAUCAUAAUGUAUCUACAAACAUCUGGGGUGGAGAUUCUGACCACGAAACGAUACCAUCGUUCACAAGCGACAACGUCUCACACAAAGGUGAUGAAACAACUGAACCAAUGAUAUCAUCGCACGACACUAUUUUAAUGGAAUCUAAUAACGGGAAAUCGAUUUCACCAAGUUAUACUUGGGAUAGCACUAUGAUAAGUGAUACAAAAGUCAAAUCAAACGCGACUGAUGCUUUAGAUGAGCUGUCACAAUAUACUGAACAACACAAGUCUACAAUCUUGUCCGCAGAAGAAACUCAUCGACACACUAUAUCACAACAAACUAUAUCAUCGUUCACAAGCAACAACGUUUCACACGUAGAUGAUGAAACUACUGAAGCAAUGAUAGUUUCUCGAAUUUCAACCGUCUCUGAGCCAACAGCCGCUGGUUCCUUUUCUACAUCCAGAGAUUCGAUGGUAUUGGAAACCGUGUCAUCACACGGCACUACAUUAAUGGAAUCUAGUAGCGCAAAAUCUAUUAUAUUAACAUAUACUUCGGACAGCACUGUGAUAAGUGACACAAGAGUCGAGCAAUCAAACGCGACUGAUGCUUCAAAUAAGCUGUCAAAAUAUACUGAACAAUACAAGUCUACAAUCUUGUCCGCAAGAGAAACCCAAAAAGAAACUCAUCAACACAAUACAUCACAACAAACUGUAUCAUCGUUCACAAGCAACAACGUUUCAUACGUAGAUGGCGAAAACACUGAAGCAAUGAUAGUUUCUCGAAUUUCAAUCAUCUCUGAGCCAACAGACGCUGGUUGUUUUUCUACAUCCAGAGAUUCGAUGGCAUCGGAAACCAAUUCAACACACGGCACUACAUUAAUGGAAUCUAGUAGCGCAAAAUCGAUUACAUUAACCUAUACUUCGGAUAGCACUGUGAUAAGUGAUACAAAAGUCGAGCAAUCAAACGCGACCGAUGCUUCAUAUAACCUCUUAAAUUAUACUGAACAAUACAAGUCUACAAUCUUGUCCGCAGAAAAAUCUCAAAGUAAUACAGUGUCGUCAAGCACAUACUUCGGAAGCCCUAUGAUGGAAGCGCAUUCAUCAGAACUAAUGACAUUGACCACUAUCUCAGACAGCAAUGAACCGACAUUAAAUAUGGAUCGAGAAUCAAUUGGGACGGUACUUACUAAUUCUUUUAAUCAAUCCUCAGAACUAUCCUCAUUUGAUACUACGCCUUCCGAAAUUAGAAGUACAAACGAGAUAGAGGCGAGUGAAGUUGGCACGAGUACAGUUAUAAUUUUGAUUGAACAAUCCAUGGAGACAGCUAUUUUUGGUGAAACUUCAAAUGAGACGAAUAACAAUGGGUCUGCAAACCUCUGGAGUGAAUUUUCUGACCACGAAACUAUAUCAUCCUUCACGAUCGACCACGUUUCUCACAAAUAUGAUGAAACAGCUGAAUCCACAAGUUUUUUUUCUGUAUCCAAAGAAUUGAUUAUCUCGGAAACCGCGUCUGUGCACGGCACUACUUUCAUGGAAUCGAAUAGCGGGAAACGUAUUACACUAAGUGAUACUUCGGUUAGCAAUAUGAUAAAUAAUACAAUACUCGGUCACGCGACUGAUGCUUUAGAUGAACCGUCACAAUACGCUGUACAAAAUAGGAGUACAAUCAUGUCGAUAGAAGAAAGUCAAAGUAAUACAGUGUUGUCCAAUACAAAAGUUGGGAGACCUAUGACGGAAGCGUAUUCGUCAGAACUAAUGACAUUGACCGCUAUUUCAGACAGCAAAAAACCGAUAUCAAACGUGGAUGAACAUUCAGUUAAGACGGUACUUACUAAUUCUUUUAUUCUAUCUUCAGAAAUAUCUUCAUUUGAUACUACGCCUUUUGAAAUUAGAAGUACAAACCAGAUGGAGGCGAGCGAAACUCUCGUUGGCAUGAGUUCAGUUAUAACUUUGACCGAACAAUCGAUGGACACUGCUAAUAUUGGUGACACUUCAAUAGAGACGAAUUAUAAUGGGUCUACAAACCUCUGGAGUGAAGAUACUAACCACGACACUAUAACAUCAUUCACAAGAGACGUUUCACACAAAGAUUAUGAAACAACUGAACCAAUGAUAGUUUCUCCAGUUACAAAAGUUUCUAAGCCAACAGCCACUGGUUCCCUUAUUACAUCCAGAGAUUCGAUGGUCUCGGAAACCGAUUCAAUCGACAUAGUUUUGGAAGAGACUGAACAAUAUAAUUUUACAACCCCUGUGAUAGAAAAAUCUCAAGGUAAGACAUCUACAUCAAACAUAAAUUUCGAAGGUUUUAUAACACACGCACACUUUACACAAUUCGCAACUCUGACUGAGAAAGCAGGCGACACUGAACCGAGAGUAACUUUGUUCGAUCUUCCAAUCGGGAUGGUUAGUAACAACUCUGUCUCAGUUGUCGAUUCUUUCUUCUCGCGUGUUAUUGUGCCAUCGAAAUUUAAAAACUUUAGCAGGAUACCGACGCGUAAUGCUCCAGAUGGCACUACCAUUAAUAUAAUUUUGGCUAAACAAUCGACAGCGACUGAUGUUUAUAAUGAAAUGUCAAGACAUACUGAACAAUACGGGCCAACAACGCUUCAAAGGGAUGAAGCUGAUGCUAAAACUUUACUAUGGGAUACCAGCGGUAAAGAUUUAUACACACGUGAUGAAACUACUGAAUCAUUGCCAGUACCUGAAGUAACACCUGGCAAUGAUCAGAUAUUCUUAAGUUCCUUUCACACGACUAGAGAUUCGACGGAAACUACGUUAUUACUUAGUACUAUGCCACCCGAAUUUGAAAGUAACAAACCGGCACUGCAUAUUCAUACUUUGAAUAGCACUACUCGAUAUCAUAAAAAAACAACUAAACGUUCUGAAACAACAACUCACAAAAAUAAAAAUAAAAAGAAUAAAACUAGUUCGUCUCACAAAAAGUCGAAAAACUCGAACUCCAAAACUCGUAAAAAGAAAAAACAUAAGAAAUCUACUUCAUCUCACAAAAAGUCGAAACAUUCGAACUCCAAACCUCGUAAAAAGAAAAAACAUAAUAAAUCUACGUCAUCUCACAAUAAAUCAAAGAAAUAUUCAAAGUCUAAAAAUGGUAAAAAGAAAAAGCAUAAAAAAUCGAAAUCCUCUAAUAAAAAGAAAAAGAAACCUUCAAAGUCUAAAAGAGGACAAUUGGAAAAUAAUACGGAUACUUUUACUGGUGAAAAUGAGGGAAAUGAUGGUACAGACAUACAAACAACACAAAUUAUGACAUUGGUUGAAAGUUCCAUUUCAACAGCUACUACUUUAUCGGAACAAUCGUACGGGAGUCAAUCCACAACAUUAAGCAAAGAAAGUACAUCACUUCCCAGCAUUGCGACAAAUCUUUUUGAAAGUACAAACCCAAUGAUAACAAAUGAGAUCUCGAGUAGUACUAAUGUGACUGUCACUACGUCGGAACUGACAGAACAGUAUACAUCAGUACAUCCUUUAAUUUCGUCUCAAGAUACGCCUAUCAAUUUUAAAACAAAUACAUUAGAGAGUACAACUUCAAUAUUAACUAAUGAUAUCAAAAUGACAGUUGCUUUGUCUGAGGAGCAAGAAAAGUUUACAUCAAUAAUUUCUUCAAUUUCAUCCAAGGAACCGUUGAUCACUAAAACUGUAUUGUCAACGGGAUUAGACAUAAAUGUAUAUAAGACCACAACCCCAAUAUUUACAAUUGUCAUCUCAAACGGCACUAAAAUGACAGUCACUUCAGUAGAGGAAAAAGAAAUAAAUACAGUAUUGACCACAAUUUUGCCUAGAUCGUUGAUCACAGAAAGUGUAACAUUGGGUGAAUAUGGGACAGACGUAUUUCAAAACACUACUUCAAUAUUAAUAAGGGAGACUCCAAGUUUUUCUGAGGAAAGUCGAUCCAUUACAUCAGAAUUUCCUGCAACCUUGUCUACGAAACCGUUGCUCACAAAAACAUUUUUAUCAACUGUAUUGGAAAAAAAUGUAUUUGAAAGCACAACCUCAAUAUUAAUAAGUGAGACUCCAAGUUUUUCUGAGGAAAGUCGGCCCAUUACAUCAGAAUUUCCUGCAUCCUUGUCUAGGAAACCGUUGCCCACAGAAACAUUUUUAUCAUCUGUAUUGGAAACAAAUGUAUUUGAGAGCACAACCUCAAUAUUAAUAAGUGGGACUCCAAGUUUUUCUGAGGAAAAUCGACCCAUUACAUCAGAAUUUCCUGCAACCUUAUCUAGGAAACCGUUGGUUUCAGAAACUUUUUUAUCAACUGGAUUGGAGACAAGUGUAUUUGAGAGUACAACCCCAAUAAUAAUAAUUGAGGCAAGAAAUUCGUAUGAAGACAAUCGAUCUAUUAUAUCAGAAUUUCCUGCCACCUUGUCUAGGAUACCGUUGGCCACAGAAACUUUUUUAUCGACUGGGUUGAAGACAAAUGUAUUUGAGAGCACAACCCUGAUAUCAAUAAGUGAGACAACAAAUUUGUAUGAGGAAAAUCGACCCAUUACAUCAGAAUUUCCUGCAACCUUGUCUAGGAAACCGUUGCUCACAGAAACAUUUUUAUCAACUGUAUUGGAAGCAAAUGUAUUUGAAAGCACAACCUCAAUAUUAAUAAGUGAGACUCCAAGUUUUUCUGAGGAAAAUCGACCCAUUACAUCAGAAUUUCCUGCCACCUUAUCUAGGAAACCGUUGGUUUCAGAAACUUUUUUGUCAACUGGAUUGGAGACAAGUGUAUUUGAGAGUACAACCCCAAUAAUAAUAACUGAGGCAAGAAAUUCGUAUGAAGAUGAUCGACCUAUUAUAUCAGAAUUUCCUGCCACCUUCUCUAGGAUACCGUUGGCCACAGAAACUUUUAUAUCGACUGGAUUGGAGACAAAUGUAUUUGAGAGCACAACCCUGAUAUCAAUAAGUGAUACAACAAAUUUGUAUGAGGAAAAUCGACCCAUUACAUCAGAUUUUUCUUCAAUUUCGUCUAGAGAAUCAUCAUUGAUCACAGAAACUUCUUUAAAGAUUGGAUCUGAGACAAAUAUAUUUGAGAGUACUCAAACAAUUCCUACUUUACCUGAAGAAAGUGAAGAAUUUACAUCCAUAGAGAAGAAAAAUGGGGAAAUAGUUCCCUCAUAUUCUUCUAAGGAACCAUUGACUACAGAAACUACAUAUUUAAUCGAUGUUAACACAAGUGCAACUGACAGCCAAACCCCAAUGUCAAUAAAGGAGAUCACAAAUAGCACUAAUGUGACAGUCACUUUGUAUGAAAAAUUAGAAGAUUAUACAGAAGUAUCUCCAUCUAUCCAAACAAACAUAUCUGAGAGUUUAAAUCCAACUUUGCCAAGUAAGAUUUCAAUUAGUACUAGAGUGACAGUCACUUCAUCUGAGCAAGCUGAAGAGUAUACAUCUAUGUUUACGUUUUCAUCACCUAGGGAGUCAAUGAUUACUGCAACUGGACCAUCAAUCGAUUCCGAGACAAACACAAAUAAAAAUAUAACCUCAAUGUUGACAAGUGAGAUUUUAAAUAAGAUUGAAACGACAAUCAUAAUAUCUGAACAGUCAGGAGACACAUCUGCCUUCCCCUCGAUUUCAUUUAGGGGAUUAUUUGGCACAAAUACUGGAUCAUCGAUCGGGACUGUCGCUGGCGUAAUCGAGAGCAUAAUCCCAAUUAAAGCAAGUGAAACUAUGGAUAGGACUAAAAAGAUAUUGACUUAUCCUAUCCAGACAUCUGUAUUCCCUUCAAUUCCGUCUAAAGAAUCAUUAGCCACAAAAAGUGUAUCUGCUGUUGAUGAUGCAGGUGCAUCUCAGAGUACAACUCCAAUAUUAAUGAUUAAAAACUCUGAUGAUGAAAUAAAUGUUACUUUAAGUGAAAAAUCAGAAGAGUAUACAUCUGUAUUUCCUAUAAUUUCAUUUACAGAAUCAUUGGCUAACAAAACUGUAGCUCCAAGUGGCAUCAAGACUAAUGUAACUAAGUGGGAAACUCAGAUGACAACGAGUGAUAGGACAGAUACUAAUAAAUCGACAACCUUAACUUCUUCUAAAAAUUCAUUAAACACAGAAAUACAUCCUUCAGUCAAUACCACGCGGUUUCUGUAA